UGAUGUGUGAAAAGUGAAAACCAUCUUGCUGACUGGAUAGUAUUUUUUCAUGAACAAGUGUCUGUUUUGUCAUAAAUUUCUUGAUUCAGUGUUAACAGUUCAUGCAUUCGGUAAGAAUUGAAUGUGCAUGGAUGUGAACAAAUUUGCUCCCAGCCUCAAUUGAGUACGCCUGCCCCUAUCCAGCACCAUGCAAGCCCCUCCCACCUUUCAGCCCCAGAAUGUGAACCACGGCACAAAACUCCCGCCGGCCAAGCGGUCCCGAUACAGGAAGUUUGACAUCUACCGUGAUGUUACUCAGUUCAACUUCGUGGACAAUCAUGCCGUCUUGGUAUCAAAGACAGACCAUACCACAUUUCGUGACCUGAUUUGGCACCUGAUCUAUAGUCCCAAGUUCAACUCGGACCUGGAGAAAGCAAGAGCCAUUUUCCGAUGGAUGACAUCCAAGAACAUGUACAGCGUUGACUUUAAGAACGUACAGAAAGGCUCACCCGAGGAGGUGCUUACCUCCUUCAAAAACAAGAAGGGAACCUACGCCAGGAUCUUUGAGACACUUUGUGGCUAUGCAGGGCUCUACUGCACGGUGUUGACAGGGUUUGCCAAGGGGCUGGACUAUCGCCCAGGGGACAAGUUCAAGGGCACAGAGUACAACCACAGCUGGAACGCGGUGUACAUUGACGAGAACUGGUACCUAGUUGACUCCCACUGGGCCACCCGAUACCUCAUCUCCGAGAAAAACAUGCCCGAAAACCUGGUAUACGAGUAUGAUGACUUCUACUUCAUGACGGACCCAGAGCAGCUCAUCUACAGUCACUGGUGCCAGAAGGCAGAGUGGCAGAUGUUGUCCCACCCCCUCACGCUGCAAGAGUUUGAGGAGCUACCCCUUGUUAAAUCAUACUUCUUCAAGUGUGGCAUGUUCUUCAUAUCCCACCAGAAGGGCGUCGUUCAGACGCGUAAAGGCACCAUUUCCAUCACGGUCGGGUUUGUGAAGCCGUCAAAUUUCACAUACAAAAUUAUCCUGUCAGAAAAUGGUGACGAGAUGUAUCAGGGCCAUAAGCUGAAGAGCUUUGGGCUCCAAGAGACGAGGCAUAAUCAGGCGUCAUUCACGCUUCGGUCACCACGUGCAGGCUCGUUCUACCUGACCAUCUUUGCACAACUGUUGACAGGUGAUAUUGGGGUAAAGAAUGUGUUCACUGCAGCUGCUGAAUACAAGGUCGUAGCUGACAGUGCUGCCAGCGAUGCUGUGCCGUUGCCCAACUGCUCAGACAGCAACUGGGGCCCGGGCGUGCCCCUGGAUCAGCUGGGGCUCAUACCCAGCCAGAAGGACGCUGUCGUGCCGACCCAGAGUGGCAAGGUUACACUGGAGUUCCAGAAGACGCGACCCACCUUCAUCCUCUGCAAGCUGCGCAAACCUGGCAUGAAGGAUGAAGAACUGGAGCGUUGUGUCGUGGAGGCUGACCAAGGAGACAAGGUUGUCGUGACGAUCACGCUGCCAAAGAAGGGCGAGUACGGUCUUGAGGUGUAUGGUAACGACCCUGCAAAGGAUGGUGACACGUACACUCACGUCUGCCAGUAUUUUGUGCACUUUGCGACGCCUGAUGAGCAGUCAAAGGCGUUCUACCAGGAGUCUCCCAGCCGCACACAGACCAUGCCCGGCCAGACUGCCACCCAGAACAAGGGCUACAACCCUGAUACUCACAAGGUUACAGCGGGCCUUGCCAGCACCUACCUAGACGACCGUAACCAGGGCAACCAAGAUGAGGACUUCCCGCCCCCACCCCCAGAGCUUCUCCAGCAGCAGUACCUGUACGGAGCUGCCCCUCAACAUGGCGUGUACGCCAACGUGGCCCCAGCUACACAGGGUCAGGCAUUGGCAUACCGGCCAGGCAAGGGGACUCAUGACAUGCCUGUCCCACAGCAGGGCAAGGUCACCAACAUACCAAUCAGCACCAAACCCAUUGAGGUGGAGAAAAGAAAUGUUGGUCAGGAGCCCCCGGCCCCUCCCCCGACCUUCAAGCUGAUCCCUGUGAAGACAGAGAAGGAUGCGGGCCCACCCCCCGCCCCUCAGACAGCAACCAGUCAGCAGAAGCCCUCCCUGGAGAACAUUGAUAGGCAGGUGCUCCACACUGUGGACGAUCACGCUAUACAGGUAUCAAAGAGUGACCACAGCAACGUAAGAGAGCUGGUCUGGGAUCUGAUCUAUUCCAAGAACAUCACCAAUGAGAUUGAGAAAGUCAGAGUUAUCUUCCGGUGGUUGGCCACAAAGAACCUGAAGGAGAUGUCCUUCAACGGCGUGCAGCCUGGCAGCCCGGAGGAGGUGCUCAUGGGAUUGAAGACUGGCAAGACUACCUACGCGAUGGUGUUCGAUACCAUGUGCAACUAUGCAGGCCUGCACUCAAAGAUCAUCAGCGGGUACGCUAAGGGGGCAGACUACCGUCCAGGUCAGAAGUUCAAGCCCGGACAGAACCAGCACUCGUGGAACGCAGUGUACAUCUACGGCACGUGGUGCCUCAUCGAUGCACACUGGGCCGCACGCAGGAUCAUUGGCAAGCAGGCUACGACUGAAGAGUUCCAUUAUCAGCUGGAUGAGUAUUUCUUUCUGACUGAGCCCGCCCAGCUGAUCUUCACGCAUUACCCAGACGAUCCAAAAUGGCAGCUUCUGGAGAGAUCUGUAACCCUGGAGGAAUUUGAGAACAUGCCCCACAUGAAGCCCCAGUUCUUCAAAUAUGGACUGGAGUUCGUUAGUCACCGUACGGCAGUUGUGUACGGUCGUGGAGAGAUCAACAUCCGACUGCGUUACCCUGCACACAGACUGGUUGUAGCCUUCAACUUCAGCAUACAGUUUGAGAAUGGUGACGAGGAGUAUCAUGGCGUGAAACUGAACCGCUAUGGCAUGCAGGAGAGUGUGGGAGGUGUGGCCUCGUUCAGACUCCGCUUACCCAAGAACGGCUCCUACAUCUUCUAUAUCUAUGCCAAGGAGGACACGCCGGCCAACAAGGACAACGUCUAUGCCCAGGUGUGUGAGUACAAGAUAGUUCAGGAGGAGGUGGCUGCCCAGCAACCAGAGCCCUUCCCACCAUGUGCCUACCUCAACUGGGGCCCUGGGGCUGCAUUUUUCAGGUAUGGACUGGCAACCUACCAGCAGACAGCGACAGUUCUAACCCGAGAUGGAAAGGCCGAGCUUCAAUUCAGAAUCCCGAAGACAAUGCAGUUCAUGGCAAAGCUGAAGCACAAUCGCAGCUCGGACUCUGAGCUCGAGGGCUACUGCAUGAACAGGAUAGUCGGCAAUACUGCGUAUUUCAACAUCACUGCACCUGGGCGGGGCGAAUAUGGUCUUGAAAUCUACGCGAACGAUCCUUCCACGGAGGGAACCACGUUGUUCCACGUAGCGCAGUAUAUGAUCGAAUGCAACGAAGAUGUGAAAGCCGUGCCUUUGCCGAAACUGCCAGGCGGGUAUCUGGGCGCGCAGCCGAAAUUCAACGAAUUCGGGCUAAACACAUUGAGCCAUCAUGACCCAGUCGUUCACCUAGAGAAAAACUCCGUUGAGAUCCAAUUCUCAACUGCCCAGGAGAUGAGAGUCACUGCAAAUCUGAUCGACGCCGAGUCUGAUAAGGACUACCCAGAUUACGUCUUCACUCAGACGCAAGGAUCGGUGGUCAGUUUCGUAGUCGUGCUGCCCAACACAGGCUUCUACAAGCUGCAGCUCUACUCAAUCCCCGCUGCUGACACCAGCCAGCAGUUGCCAGGGGUCUACAACUACCUGAUUAACUGCAAAAAGAUUACCCAGCAGGUGCACCCCUUCCCCAAGCAGUACGCACAAUGGAAGGAGGGCUGCUGCAUGGAGACGCCGCUGUCUCUUCAUCAAAACUGCGGGGACGAGGUCCUGUUCAGGGUUUUCGUUCCCAAAGCAGCAGCAGUAGCGGUGGUAGCAGGAGAUGAGUGGACGCACCUGCAGGCCCCUCAGCCAGGCAUGUGGGAGGGCAAGGUCAAACUGGGGUCACUGUACGGUCGCGGGGCCAAGGUCACCCUGAAUGCAAACUACGGCGGAGAUCCGACGAGUUACGCUACGUUGCUGGAGUAUAACAUUUGAAUGUUUUUUUGUGUGCGAUAAAUAGCUAGGGUUUUUUAUUACAAAUUGACAAUUGUUGAAUACUUUAGCUGCUUUUGUAUCAUUUGAAAAAAAUUCUGCAUUGUGUAGUGUUAUGCAUAAAACAUAAUAUGUGCAUUUUUCAUCUUGAUCUAUUAUGUUAUCUCUUCAUAAGAAAUUAAUAUCUGUAUUUUGUAUGUGUUAACUUGCCUAUUAAAUUUGUAUUGUAAUCAGCUUGCAAUCAACCAAUUUUAGGACCUGAAAACACUGAUUUUGUUUGUAGUUGUUAUUUAAUACGAUCUGGCCCCCAAAUUGUUCUCAGAUUUAAAGAAACUCCUGGCAUCAGUUUGUUAUGAUAACUAUUAUUUUUUUAGUUGUUUAUUUCUCAAUUUUAAUUGAAUAAACAUGUCAUCCUGAAAACCCUCGGCACCUUAUUUUCUUGACUUAUCAGGAUCUUGUUAUUUGUUAUUUGCAGAUAUAUGAUAUUAAAAUGCAUCAUUUUUGCCAAGCGAACAAUUACACGUUGAACUUCGCUGUUAACCACUUUACUUUCUUUUUUAUGCCCCCAUUUCGAAGAAAAGGGGGUAUAUAGUUUUCGCACUGUCCGUCGGUCGGUUGGUCGGUCGGACACACUUCGUGUCCGCUCUCUAAUCAAAUAGUUUUCAUCCGAUCUUUACCAAACUUGGUCAGAAGUUGUAUCCAGACAAUAUCUAGGUCAAGUUCGAAUAUGGGUCAUGCCGGGUCAAAAACUAGGUCACUGGGUCACUUAGUGCAUUUCAAGGAUUUAGCAUGGUGUCCGCUCUCCAAUUGAAGUAGUUUUCAUCUGAUCUUUACUAAACUUGGUAAGAAGUUGUAUCAAGACAAUAUCAAGGUCAAGUUCGAAUAUGGGUCAUGCCGGGUCAAAAACUAGGUCAAGUGGUCACUUAAUGCAUUUCAAGGAUUAAGCAUGUUGUCCGCUCUCUAGUUUAUGUGGCUUUCUGAUUUAUUUUGAUAUUCUAAGACAUUUUUAUGCCCCCGAAGGAGGGCAUAUAGUGAUCGGACUGUCGGUUUGUCUGUCCGUCCGUCAGUCCGUCACACUUUGCGUUUAGAUUUCGAAAAAUGCUCAUAACUUCUAUGUCGCUUCAGAUAACAAUUUCAUAUUUGGCAUGCAUGUGUAUAUGGACAAGGCCUUUCCAUACGCUUACAAAUUUUGAAGCCUGUGACCUUGACCUUGAACUAAGGGUCCGCGUUUAGGUUCGAAAUCUGCGUUAAGGAUUUUUAAAAAGCUAAUAACUUCUACCAAGCGUUUACACAAUUAUACUUUUAUGUAGUGACAAAGUUACAGUUGGGGGCAUCCAUGUCCUGUGGACACAUUUCUUGUUUGUAAUUGUAAGGAGGGUUUUAUUUUAAUCCAAUUAUCAGAAAAAAAUGAAAUAAACUGUGAUUUUAUUGGUGCUUUUGUUAAACGGUUUCAUUAGCAUGCAAUUAUCGGAAAAUGCCAGCAAAAAAUUCAUAAAUUUGAAGCUUCUCUCUUUUAUUAUCAUUUUGGAUACAUGUUGUUCUGGGGAGCGUAGAAUAAAUUAUCUUUAUAAGUAUGACCAACCAUCGUAUAAUGUAUUUGGGAUUACAUAAUUUCAAGUCUUUAUUUCAAUCACUUGGUAUACAAUUAUUUUUAAAUAAUUUAGUAAACACAUCUGUGGCAAAGUUAAUUUUUGUUGAUCUGAGUCUGUAAAGUAUGAUAUAAGUAUUUGUUAUUAAACAAAUUUAUAAUGUGGAAACCAUUGUUUAGCAGGGUUUUUUUCAUUAUCACUUUUGACAUAAUAAUUAUUUUAAGUGUUAUUGCUGUUGCUGUUGUAUUAUCAUAGAGAACGAAAACUAUGAAGACUUGAUCAUAGAAAAUAUUGUUUUGUUCAAGAGUGGUUGGAAUUACUUUCGUUGAUGCAUAUAGUGCAAUAUCAAUGUUGUCUCUUUGGUCUUUACUACUCGAACUUGUUUGUAGAGGUUGUUUACAAUUUCUUUCAUUUUAUAUACUUGAAAUUUCAACAUAAUAAACUUAUAUCGUUAAUUAUUGUUUAAGGAUUUGGAAAAGAAAUGUAAUAAAAAGUUAAACUGUUGCCAUGAACUGUAAGAUUUUUUUGUCCCAGUCCAAUCUAUGCAUAUUUGUUUUGGUGGCAUGCAUAGAGAGAUUUGUGCCUUUGUCAGGUACAUAGAUGUAUUUAGAUUUUCUUUACAAAUUAAUUAUAUCUGCAAUCUAUAUCAUUGUUGGUUUAAAACAAAUUUUGCUUCAAUCUUUAAUGCACUCUUUUGUUAUUCAGUACUUUCAUAUCUUUUCGAUUGAUUUUAGUCCACAUAUAAGCUUCUGAGCUUCAUUUUCUAGCUAUUGGGUACAUUUUUGAGGAUCAGUUAUAGAAAACGUUUACAAUCUUUUGGGUUGCUCAAGCAUUCUUGUAUACAAAUUGCCGAUGUUGGCAACACUUCAGUUUUUGCAUUAAAUCUACAUUUGUUUACUUAUAUGGGCAUAAUGGUGAAUAAAUCGUAUGGCAUUUUUUCAGUUAUAUUUUGUAUUUCUGUUUGUUAGUUGUUGCUUUUGUAAUUUGCGUAUGAUUUUAAUACAGUAUAUCAAUCUUCUAUAAACUGUGUAGCCAUGUCGCAUAUAAACUACUAUUCUUAAUGAAAUUUUGACAGGAACUGAUGAAAUCAUUUGAUACAAAUUUGAAAAUGUUAAUUAUGUGUUGCCUGUAGAAUGUUUGGCUUAUUCCUGUAUUUAAACUGGACUUUCUACAAUAUUUUUUUUCAACAAUUUCAAACUGUGACUACACCUAGCAUAAUUUAUACUGCAAGAAUUUUAAACAGUUUGUUGAAAUGUACCAGGUUGUUGAUUUUGUAUUAGCUUUGAAUUGUUCUUACAAUAUGGAAACAUUCUCUAUUAUAUUUUAUAUGUAUUGUAUGUUUUUGGGUGUUUGUUUUUUAUUUUUGUUAAUCUGCUUUUAAUUAACGUUAUUUUUAUCGCAGUUAGCCAUAAUAUAUUCACUCUAUAGAUUAUACCGUUCUCUGCUUUGAUAGCAAUAAACAAUUGCCUUCUG